AUGGACGACGACCGCUAUCAGCAUGAUGGCUACGAGCAGUUCGGCGCUCCCCGCCGCACGUCGCAGUACGACAUGCUUCGGCCUCAGUUCAAGCAGCCGGGAAGACUAGUCGCACCUCGGGAUCGCUAUCGCGCCACUCAAUAUGAUGACCCCCAGUAUGACGUGGUUGAGGACGAUGGCAUGUACGACCGAGGUCAGCAACUCGAUUCAUUCGAUGACAGAGUGCUUCGGCAGCCGUAUCCUAACUUCCAGCGGCAAGCUGCACAAGGCACAAAGAGGUUGUCAAUUGCACCAGGCCCUUCCACGUUCUACAGUCAUGCGGCGCCUACCCAAUCGCAGCCGUCUUACCAGGUUCGUGAUCAAGACAUGUACAACGAAGAAGAGUACUACCCGCGUCCUGAACAGGCUAUGCGAGGUCAAAUGAGCCGCUUUGCCUAUAAUGCCGCUCCGCUUCAAGAGUCUAGUUCCGACAUGCCGCUCGGCCCGUCUUCUAGUCCAGCACUUAGGGCAAGUCAGCGGCGUGCCGAGCAAGUCACUGAUUUCGGACCUCAACACGGCUCACAGGCCCCACCGUUCGAAGGCGACGGCCAUGUUGUUGCUGAAGAGUACCGACAACAACAUGAGCGCUCCCAUGGAAAGGCUGCACCGCCCAGUUUUCGACCACAUGCUAGCCAACAACGCGGUUCCGCCGCACAACACAGAGGCGACCUCAAUCCUCCGCAUCAUCGACAAGCUCCCCCAGAGCCGCAGACGUACCCAGAAGAUGUGUCUAGCGCUGCUCCCAUGUGCCAAGGUAUCCGCCUGGUCCCUGUCACUACCCUACCAGAUCGUCUUCGAAUGGUGUUUCCUUAUCCGACCUUCAACGCCGUACAGUCCAAGUGUUUCGACAGAGUUUUCAGAACAGAUGACAACUUCGUGCUUGCAUCCCCUACUGGAAGUGGGAAGACCGUCAUUCUCGAGCUUGCUGUUUGUCGAGCUGUUGCCACCAGCGCGACAGGUCAGUACAAGGUGGUCUAUCAAGCACCAACAAAGGCUUUGUGCGCAGAACGCCAACGUGACUGGGAAGCCAAGUUCAAAAAGCUGGGUCUCAAAUGCGCCGAGCUGACCGGUGACAGCGACCUUGGGGAUCUACGCAACGUACAGAGCGCCAACAUCAUCAUAACAACACCCGAGAAGUGGGACAGCAUGACCAGGAAGUGGAAAGACCACGAGAAACUGAUGAGACUCAUCCGCGUCUUUCUUAUCGAUGAGGUGCAUAUACUCAAGGAAGACCGUGGUGCCACGCUUGAGACGGUCGUGUCGCGGAUGAAAUCUAUCGGCACGGAUGUGCGCUUUGUGGCUUUAUCAGCGACAGUGCCCAACUUCCAUGACAUUGCGGCAUGGUUGGGAAAGAACUCGUCGGAACCAGACAUCCCAGCCGCCAAUGAGAAGUUUGGUGAAGAGUUUCGCCCAGUCAAACUACGCAAGCACGUUCGAGGCUUUGCGUACAACUCUAGCAAUGAGUUCGGCUUUGAAAAAGUGCUCGAUGCCAAGAUUCCUGAGGUCAUUGCUUCUCACUCCCAGCGUAAGCCUCUCAUGGUCUUUUGUGCAACCCGAAACUCCACAGUCAGUACGGCGAAGCUGAUAGCAAACUGGUGGGUCUCGGCAUCAGACCGAGAUCGCAUGUGGAAGCCUCCGUCUAAGCCACCCCUGCUGCUGAACAAGGAGCUUCGAGAUACCGUGUCUUCCGGUGUCGCCUUUCAUCACGCCGGACUUGAUCUCGAUGAUCGAACCAAGAUCGAAAAAGGUUUCAUCGCUGGCGAGAUCAGUGUCAUCUGCUGCACAUCUACGCUCGCGGUCGGAGUCAACCUACCCUGCCAUCUCGUCAUCAUCAAGAAUACCAUGGCGUGGGGUGCGGAAGGAAUGCAGGAGUACUCGGACCUGGAGAUGAUGCAGAUGCUGGGUCGCGCGGGACGACCUCAGUACGAUGACUCAGCUGUAGCAGUGAUUAUGACCAGGCAGGCGAAAGUCCGACGGUACGAAAUGUUGGUCACAGGCCAGGAUCUCAUAGAGAGCAAACUCCAUCUCAAUCUGGUAGAUCACAUGAACGCCGAGAUUGGACUUGGAACUAUUAGCGAUCUAGAGUCAGCUCGGAAAUGGCUAAGAGGUACAUUCCUUUACGUCCGACUCCAGCAGAAUCCCAGUUACUACAAAUUGGACGGCGCUCGAAGUGGUCAAAGCAUCGAGGAGCAAGUCGACGACAUAUGCUUCCGCGACAUCACACUCUUGCGCGAGACCAAUCUUGUGUCAGGGCAAGAGUACUUCCGAUGCACCGAGUUUGGCCAUGCUAUGGCACGAUACUACGUACAUUUCGAGACCAUGAAAGUCUUCAUGGAACUCGGGCUGCGGUCCACUCCCUCGGAGAUUCUUUCCGCCAUCGCUCAAGCUGUCGAGUACUCUACAAUACGCUUUCGUCAAGGCGAAAAGGCGUUCUACAAGCUGCUCAACAAGUCCGCUUCGAUCCGCUGGGCUAUCCCUGUCAACCUUGAUCUACCAUCGCAGAAGGUAUCUCUCAUCGUACAAUCCGUUCUUGGGUCUGCCGACAUCUCCUGGGAAGGCGAGGCCGGCAAGCAUCGUUCUCAAUAUACGACAGAGACACAGAUCAUCUUCAAGAAUAUUGGCAGUCUAAUUCGAUGCAUCAUCGACUGCCAGAUCGCCUUAGGUGACUCCAUCAGUAUCCACAGUGCUCUCAUGCUUGAGAGAAGCUUAGGCGCCAGAAUCUGGGACGAUAGCCCGCUCCAAAUGAAGCAAAUUGGCAGUAUCGGCAAUGUCGCUGUCAGAAAGCUCGUCAAUGCUGGACUGAAGUCCAUGGAAGAUCUUGAAGGUUGCGAGCCUUAUAGGAUCGAAGCACUCGUCGGUCGAAAUCCACCUUUUGGCCUCGACGUGCUCGAGAAAGUCCGAUCGUUUCCAAAGCUUCGCGUCUCACUACAAGCCCAGCCUUCGACAGCAAUCAAAACCCACGAUGGGGUCAAAAUCCAGAUCAAGGCAGACAUUGGCUUCAUCAACGAGCAGCCGCCCCAGCGCUUCAACAACAAACUCAUAUACGUGUGCCUUUUGGUUGACACUUCCGAUGGCCGCAAGGUGCAUUUUGCUCGCAUCAGUGGCCCAAAGCUUGGGUCUGGUCAAAGCCUCACAUUCCCAGCGCUCUUGACAAACCCCGACCAGUCAAUCAACUGCUACGUCAUGUGUGAUGGCAUAGCUGGCAGUAUGCGUGCCGCCGCCGUGAAGCCCCAGGUCGCCGCUUCUUUGUUCCCAGCCCCAAAACGCUUGGAGUCAGAGCGGCCAGCAUCACAUCAGUCUAAUAUGUCAAAGCGCCGCACGGAGACUACAAGGCCAAGCAGAAAGGUGUCCGCCACCAGCGAUGACUAUGGAGAUGGUGAUGUGGAUGACGAUGCUCUUGUCAAUGCUUCCUUUCGUGAUCUCGACUUUGAUCACAUCGAGAAUUACGCCGACCCUAUCGAUUCUAUUACGCGGAAGAAUACUGCGAAGAACAAAGUGACCAAGAACAAGGAUGACGGAAAGAGCAAACGGCCGAUUGCUGCUGCUGAACAAGACGAUCCAGAGCCAGUACAGUUAGCUAAUGGAAAGUGGGCCUGCAAUCACCCGUGCAAAGAUCGGAGUGCAUGCAAGCACCAGUGUUGCAAGACUGGUAUGGACAAACCAUCGAAGAAGAAAGCUGUCGCCAAACGCGUACCAUCGAUCGAAGAUCGACCUGAGCCGACGCAGCAACCACCGCCGCCGAAAGGCAAAGAGAAGCAAACUAAGCUUCAGCUUACAGCAUCCAAGAGGAAGGUCUCUGCGCCGAUUGACGAGCUCGAUCUCACGCAGCAAGAAAAGAAGCAGAAAGCCGACUAUGGCACCAACGGACCCAGAGACUAUCGCGGCCUCCAUCAGCUGCAUAAGACGAUCCAGGGCAAAGAGCUACCUUCUUCCCUUCAUUCCGUCAUGUACAAGAAGCCAGCAUAUUGCUAUUCUCAAGGUGGUGAGCAUAGUCUUGACUUUAUGGGCGGCUCCGCUCCCGAGCGGCAUCCAACAUCAAGCGAUUACGGUGAUUUUCGAUUUGACGAGCCAUCAAUCAACUUCGAUCAUCCUCAGCAUCAGUCUGCGCAGCAAAACUCACUCAGUGGCCCACAAGAGCCGGAAGAUUACAUGGACUAUGAGCAUGCAGCUCAUGUAGCCUCUCACGAAUCUGACGCCUUUGACGAUGACGACUCCGUCCUUCGAGAGGCUUUCAUUGGGCUUGCAGAUUCUCAGAAUCUUCAGGAGAUUCGUGAAAGCGACACUAAUACCACGCAGCCCUUCGAAACCGUUAUCGACGAUGACAAUAUGGGUUACGGAGAAGGUGACGAGCAGAUGGACUCUAGUUUGAUCAAUUCCGAAGAUCACGUUCCGCGAAAGCCGGAGUUCAGUCAUCCCGAUCAUCCUCGCAAAACACAAAUCAAGACCUCUCGAUCGCCUUUCUUUGACAGCGAAGACAGUGCCGAAGCCGAGAUUGCAAAUGCCAUACCCGCAAAGGAAUCUACGUCGCCAGACAUGCAACAACGGACGGCUACGCCACGCGAGCUGCACAUAGUCGGCGACCAACAAGACGCAUGUGUCGAAGAAGAAGUAGCAGGCAUAUUGAACAUGUUCGGCGAUGAGCCGGCCGUGGUCUCACUGGUCGAGGAGAAGCCGGUACCCGAAGCUUUCAAGGAUCUGGAGCCGUGGCUGUUCCAAGAGUUCGGCGAUAUCGUGGAACUUGUUGAUGACUAG